GACCUGCACCGCGCCUCUCCACCAUAGAGAUGGGCUCGCCAGAGCGCCCCCUCCACCCGCGCCUAGAUAGCAAGGCGCCCAACCACAGAGAGCUAGUGGCUAGAAGGUCGGCGUGAGGAAAACGGCGUCUGUACCGCCGCCAUCUUUGCUCGGGGCAGGUGCCGCGGCGGCCUGACCUAGUGUGGAGCUCCGCCAUCUUGAGGUCAGACAGCGGCGCUUCGAGGCCGCGAGAGCUUCCGCCGGUGGGAGCCGCCAUUUGCGAGCUGCAGCCCUGGGCUGUGGGCGAGGUGUGACGGCGGUCGUGCCGGCUGGACCCGUGGGCGCGGCUGUGGGGGAAUGCGUAUUUUGUGUGCGUUGCAGUGUAGUCAACGUGAGGGGCCUGCAAAGAAAAGCAGUCUUACGUCGUCCGUAGUCGUAAAGAUGUAUGGAAGGCUGUACCUCACGUGAAAAGAUUUAUAACAAGCAAAAAGAGCAGGUGCCCUAGGAUGCUGUAUCCUCAGUAAAAAGUCUCUGUGCUGUAUGGAAACUUGGUCUGUCUGGAGACUGCCUGUGGUGGUUUCCCUGACCUACACCCAGCAUCCAGACUGCAUUAAAAAACUUAAAAUUGUGGUUGCAGACGGAAAGAGCAAGCAGCUGUGAAUGGAAGAAGGGCAGUCUGGAAGGUGAUUACAAAGUGGGUCACGGCAUAAGCCCGUGUGAACAUUGGGAUUGGCUAAGGAAAAAGUCCUGCUAUCUCCCUACCAUGUGUUCCCACUGCUGUGGGAUAUAUAUGUGGAGAAUAUGUUCAGAUAUACCAUACAAAGAAAAAUGCUCAAAGGAACAUGUAGUGACAAGCCAUCCCCUCCACCUGCAGUGGAAAGAAAAACAGCACAGAAACUUCUAACUUCUUCAGUACCAAGGAGAUGGAAUCUACCCAGCUGAUUUAAUAGCUGGUACUGAGCAGCCAACGACUGAUCUGAAACAGUUGUGAAAUUGAGAUGCCAUACUCCACUUACUGAUCCCAGUUCACUUGAUUCCCUGAGGCACUGCUAACUUCAGAAUUUUAUUCUCAAGUCAGUCAAAAAAGGUCCAGUAUGGAGCUUUGAAGAUUUAGACCGAAAAUAAAUAGGGACUAUUUAUGUUUGCAGAUUGUUUUGUAUUUCAGGUGUAAGAAAUCAUUCCAAACGUACCAGGUGGUAUCUCAGAGUAAAAAAGUCAGAUUGCUAUCCUUACUAUCUCUCUGUUUAAGGGACAGCCAAAAACCUGACUGUGGCAGAGGAACACAGCUUGGGCCAUGUACAGAAAUACUGCAUACACCUCCUAUUCCAGGCAGAGAGUAGUGCUGCAGUUUUUCUAAGGGAGAAUUAGAAAAAAAAUGGGGGUAGAAUGUUUAGGCUUUAUCCGGAGUAUGCCAUGUAGAAACUGGGCCCAGGCAUUAAAAUACCAUUAAAAAUGUAGAAAGUUUCUUUGUGCAACUUUUUUUUUUUUUAAAGUAUUGUAAAUAAAUGUAGCCUUUAAUUGUACUUUCAUUAAUACUACAAAGCUAAUUAAUAUGCUUUGUUUUCUCUUCCUCGUACCAUUAAAUCUCUAUGAAGUCUAAGCAUAGGCACUUUGAGGAAGAUCCAUUAGAUGUCAGACUCAUUGAUUUGGCUCCCUGGCUUUCCAUAGCACUGCGACAUUUAAGUUUCUAUUUCCUUUGUAUUGAAUAUAUGCACAAUCUUUACAUUUUUCACUCUGAAGAUGUUUGGCUCACAACAGCUUAUUCCUACAGACCUCAGUCUAUGCAGUUAUUUUUUCUGAUUAAUCUUUUGUGCAAAAUACUGAUUAUAAAUGGAUCACCAUAACAGUAGGAGGGAGAUUAGGGAAAAUGAACAUUGUGCCAAUCUCAGAAUCAUGGAAUCAUUCGGGUUGGAAGAGACCUCCAAGUUCAUCAAGUCCAACCCCAGCCCAUCCCCACCAUGCCCACCAACCACAUCCCUCAGUGCCACGCUGUGUAUUUCUUGAACUCCUCUAGGGACAGUGUCAGCAUCACCUCUCUAGGCGGUCCAUUCCCGCCUUCAUCAUCACUGAACCGCUCAGAAGAGCAGUAGAUACACUCUCUGUGUGCCUGGUGACCCAGAAGGGCACAGGAAGGUCUUGGCUACCGCUGAUGUUAGAACUGGAUGUGCUGUGCGUUUUGUGAAAUGGCAGUGCUUCACCUCACAAAAGGUGCAGUCACUGCCACUGCUAUUAACAUAGAUACCCAGUUAUGUAUGUAACUCCUUCUGUAAAUAAUUUGUAUCCAACCAAACCACUGGACCAAGUAGCAGAGCAAUUUCUAGCUGCCUUUCUAUGGAUACUGAUGCACCAGUUUGCUGAAGUGAAGCCACAGAUCCCAGUGAGCACUCAUUAGCAUUUCAGCCAGGAGGAGCAAGCGCUGCUCCUUGUCAGGCCUUCCUUGGCCACGCACGUAAAGCAAAUCAGAAGCGGGGGCAGCGUGGCCGUCCCGCGGACAAGAUGGCGGGCGGAGCGGCCCGGCACUACAACUCCCAGCAGGCGCCGCGCGCCGAGGCGCGCCCUGUGAGGCCGACCCUCGGACUACAGCUCCCGGCGUGCCCGCCGCCGCUUCCCGUCGCCGCGGGAAAUCCUUGCCCUCAUCUGCCCAGGGGCGCCUGGCUGGUUUUGUCCUAUCACUGAAAGCACAUCAUGGAGUGAAAGAACAGGUGCCAGCAUUUGGGUAUAACAACAAAUUAGACCAACCGCAUGCUUUCAGCUUAGGUGGGAAGAAGAAGAACUUCACCUGUGCCUAAGAGGGCUCCCAGGGAGGCGAGUUGAUGUAUGAAUCUUACAGAAAGGUCUCUUAGUUACUUAGAAUUAAGUACGGACAGAAUUCCUGUUGUGUUUCUCUCCCCUGUGAAAAAUACUGAAUUUGCAACUGACUUUUCACAGUAUCGUUACUUAAAGCACAACCAGGAGGGAAAAUCUCUGCUGUAAAGAAAUCUGAAGAUGAGUGCCCACACACAGACUGCAGAGAAGGGCCAGAACACGGCCCUCCUCUGCCAGGAGAGCUACGUUUGCAGUGGGACAGAUGAAGCGGUCUUUGAGUGCGAUGAGUGCUGGAGCCUGCAGUGCCAGCGCUGUGAAGAGGAGCUGCACCAGCCGGAAAGGCUGCGGAACCAUGAACGGACCCGCAUAAGGCCUGGCCACGUCCCUUACUGUGACUCCUGCAAAGGUGCCAAUGGGAACAUCAUGCACGCCAGUAUGACGGGAUCAAGACAGAUAGCAGCGGUGAGGUGCCAGGUGUGCAAAAUCAACCUCUGCGUGGAGUGUCAGAAGAGAACGCAUGCCGGGGGGAACAGGAGGAAGCACCCUGUCACUGUGUACCAUGCUGGCAAAGCCCAGGAGCAGGAAGAGGAGGAGAUGGAUGAGGAGACCAGGAGGAGGAAGAUGGCUGAGAAAGUUGUGAGUUUCCUCUUGGUGGAUGAAACUGAGGAGAUUCAGGUAAGGAAUGAGGAAGACUUUAUUAAGAAACUGGACUGUAGUCCUGACCAGCAUCUAAAGGUAGUGUCCAUCUUUGGGAACACAGGGGAUGGCAAGUCUCACACCCUUAACCACGCUUUCUUCUAUGGCCGGGAAGUCUUCAAGACAUCUCCAGCCCAAGAGUCCUGCACGGUCGGAGUCUGGGCAGCCUAUGACCCUGUCCGCAAAGUGGUGGUAAUUGAUACAGAGGGCCUCCUGGGGGCCACCGUGAACCUCAGCCAGAGAACACGGCUGCUGCUGAAGGUCCUGGCCAUCUCUGACCUUGUCAUCUACCGUACUCGUGCUGACAGGCUCCACAAUGAUCUCUUCAAAUUCCUUGGUGAUGCCUCAGAGGCUUAUUUAAAACAUUUCACCAAGGAGCUAAAAGCUACCACGGCCCGGUGUGGCCUAGAUGUUCCUCUGUCAACUUUGGGUCCAGGUGUCAUCAUCUUCCAUGAGACUGUGUACACCAAGCUACUGGGCUCUGAUCAUCCUUCUGAAGUUCCUGAGAAGCUCAUUCAAGAUCGGUUUCGGAAGCUAAGCUGUUUUCCUGAGGCUUUCAGCUCAAUCCAUUACAAGGGAACAAGGACAUACAAUCCUCCAACAGAUUUCUCUGGACUUAGGCGAGCUGUGGAGCAGCAGCUGGAGAACAAUACAACUCGGUCACCUAGACAGCCUGGUGUUAUCUACAAAGCAUUAAAGGCCCUAAGUGACCGGUUUAGUGGGGAAAUCCCUGAUGACCAGAUGGCUCAUAGCUCUUUCUUUCCAGAUGAAUAUUUCACAUGUUCCUCUGUGUGUCUCAGCUGUGGGUGUGGCUGUAAGAAGAGCAUGAACCACACAAAGGAAGGAGUCCCUCAUGAAUCCAAAAGUCGAUGCAGAUACUCUCAUCAGUAUGACAACAGAGUCUAUACUUGCAAGGCCUGUUAUGAACGAGGAAUGGAAGUUAGUGUGGUGCCAAAAACCUCUGCUUCCACUGACUCACCUUGGCUAGGCCUUGCCAAAUAUGCUUGGUCAGGAUAUGUGAUUGAGUGCCCCAACUGUGGAGUGGUGUACCGCAGCCGGCAGUACUGGUUUGGCAACCAAGAUCCUGUAAAUACUGUGGUGAGGACAGAAAUUGAACAUGUCUGGCCAGGGACGGAUGGCUUUCUGAAAGACAACAACAAUGCAGCCCAGCGUUUAUUGGAUGGGAUGAAUUUCAUGGCACAAUCAGUAUCUGAACUUAGCCUGGGACCCACAAAAGCUGUGACCUCCUGGUUGACAGACCAGAUUGCCCCAGCUUACUGGAGACCUAACUCUCAGAUCCUGAGUUGUAAUAAGUGCAACACGCCUUUUAAAGAUAAUGACACUAAACAUCACUGCCGGGCCUGUGGAGAGGGCUUCUGUGAUGGCUGUUCUUCCAAGACCCGUCCUGUGCCUGAGCGAGGCUGGGGACCAGCACCAGUGCGCGUGUGUGACAACUGCUAUGAAAACAGGGGCAUCCAGUUAGAUGUGGCUGAGCUGCCUUCAGAUGAAGAAGGGGGGACACUUAUUGCCAGGAAGGUGGGGGAAGCUGUGCAGAACACUCUUGGAGCAGUGGUGACAGCCAUGGACAUUCCCUUAGGUCUGGUAAAAGAUGCUGCCCGACCUGCAUACUGGGUACCAGACCAUGAAAUCCUGCACUGCCACAACUGCCGGAAGGAAUUCAGCAUCAAGCUCUCCAAACACCACUGUCGGGCCUGUGGCCAGGGAUUCUGUGAUGAGUGCUCACAUGACCGCAGAGCGGUUCCUUCUCGUGGAUGGGAUCACCCAGUCCGAGUCUGCUUUAACUGCAAUAAAAAGCCUGGUGACCUUUAACCCCAGGCUCAUCUCCACAUCUUUGCAAUUCCUUAUGUUCUCAGGGUUACAAAUGGAAAUAUUUGGUCUCCCUCUCACUUCUUAACCUGUUGCAGCCAGAGUGCAUGUUUCCAGUCUCUGGCCUCCUCUCAUGUAUUAUAUCCAUCUUGGAAUGCUGGGAAUGAACUUCAGUUCAGCUGUUAGGUUUUAAUUUCAAAUUAACUGGGGAAGGGAAGGAGCUCCCUUGUAAAUGAGCAAACCAAAAUCCAGUAUAUUUUAUUCCAAUCUAACUAUAUAUAUAUAAUAUCUAUAUAUAUGUAUAAUUUAGCAUAUUAAGAAUGCAGUUGGCUAACGAAGCUUCGAGUGUUCCUAGUUCAAAUGAUGGAUGAUGGUGUUCCUUGCUAUGUUGAAUCAGACGUACAGCCUUCUGAUUCUUCUGGAAGAUCUUAUUGAUCACGAUGCCACGUGGGGAAGGUUUGGACUCUGUGCUGCCCAGAAAUCACAGGCAUCUUCAAUUCUGAUUGUAUGAAUUACACCUGGUAAUUCAAGCAGCCCUGCAUCUGGAUGUGCCAUGCUCCUGGCUGUUCAUUAGAAUGUUUGUUUGAACUACGAUAUGAACAGUGGUCUUGCAGUGCAAGAGGUAUUAAGUUGACAUGACCCUCUAGUAGAGACUAGUAGAGCUUUUGAAGGUAAAGCAAAUCAUAUGGCACAAGGCAAGGCAUUCUGAAUUUGCCAUUUUGACUUCAAUACCAGAUCAAAAGGUAGCAGGGUCUUGCUGUCCCUGGCAAUGUUCUCAUAUACUCAGGUUUUUUUUCAGGUUUGCCAGCUUGUUGCAAUUAAGUUUUGUACAGAGCAGAACAAGAGAACAAGUUGUGUAGGCAAUUCUGAGAUAAGAAGUUUGAUUUGUUUGGGUUGUGAUUUUUCUUUUUUUCCCACUUUUGAAAAAGAUCUCUGAUUCUAUGGAACCUCUGGGUUCUCAGACAUGGUUGUAUAGAAACUGCACAGAUUUGACAUACUUUUUUUUUUCUAAUAAUAUGAGCUUACAAAUCCACUUGGAAAAUGGGAACCUUUCUUCUUUGCUCCUAGCAGCUGGCACUCACUGGACUUCAUGCUUCUAUUAAAGGACCGCAUUGAAUUCACUGAUUAUUUUUUUUUAUUAUUAUUAUCAAAACCACCACUUAACCUAAUUAGUACUGUCUUGUACUGUGGAUUUGUGGUUCCAGUUGUAAGAAGUAAGAGACCAUUGUGGAUUGAACUACCUAAAAUUCUUUGUUGUUGGCUUACAUAGUCAAGGAUACUUCUACCACACGAGACUUGUCUCUUCUUGGAGUGGCUGGAGUUUGAUGCAAUGUCCUGAAACUGUGGUAUUUUUUCCCCAGCUUAUUAAAUGUGCUCUUCUGUAGAUGAGUGCCCAACACCCUGUUUUAGGCCUGUAUUAUUAAAUUAACUGCUAUAAAAGACUUUAUCUUCUGAACAAGCAUUCUGACUUUUUCCUUGUAAGAAGUAGUUCUCACUUGUCUCUGAAAGAAUGUACGGAGUGAUUGCCCCUUCGCAACUACAUCCAGCCUGCGCAUGGAAGUAGACUUGAAGACUUCCAGGACACCUCUGUACUGACCAAGUUUGCUGGGGACUAUCUAACAUUUUAAUAAGCAAACUUUGCCAUAAACUGACAGUUGCCCAAGGGAGGGCAUGAGUAGAUAGAAAUCCUCUCUUUAAAACACGUUCUGCACAUCCAGCAUAAUUCUGUGCUUCAAAGUCGUCUUAUUAUUUUAAUGGGCGAGCAAUGUGUUCUUGGUUUGUAGGCUGUGCCGUGUGCUGUUUAUGCAUGAGCCUUUACUAUCAUGUUAAUGCACAAAGAGAGCAGCCAUGACAUUCCUUGUAUAAAAUUGUUGGCAUCUGUUUCAA